GGUCACACAUCGAACAACUGGUGAGGUGAUGGUACUAAAAAUGAAUCAAUUGCGUGCAAAUCGACCAAAUAUGUUAAGAGAAGUCCAACUACUUAACAAAUUGUCACAUCCAAAUAUAUUAAGUUUUUUGGGUGUUUGUGUACAUGAAGGUCAACUACAUGCUCUCACCGAAUACAUAAAUGGUGGCUCAUUGGAACAGUUACUGGCUAAUAAAGAUAUCACACUGACUCCUGUGAUGAAAUUAAGGUUAGCAUUAGGCAUCGCAAGGGGUAUGUCCUAUGUACAUGAUGCAGGAAUUUUUCACAGAGACUUAACUAGUAAAAAUGUGCUUAUACGUAACUUACCAGAAGGUCAAUUUGAAGCUGUAGUAGGUGAUUUCGGCUUGGCUGCUAAAAUACCAGAUAAACAUGGUAAAACACGCAUCGAUACCGUCGGGUCACCAUACUGGGUAAGCCCCGAGUGCUUAAAGGGUCAGUACUAUGAUCAAACAAGUGAUGUGUUUUCUUUUGGCAUUAUACAAUGUGAAAUAAUAGCGCGUAUUGAAGCGGAUCCCGAUAUAAUGCCCCGUACAGAUUCAUUCGGUUUGGAUUAUCUAGCAUUCGUCGAAUUAUGUCCAAUGGAUACACCUCCUGUACUCUUAAGACUGGCGUUUUAUUGUUGUAUAUAUGAUCCAAAAAAUCGACCAACUUUCCAUGAUGCCACAAAGAAAUUAAUUCUACUCAUUGAAAAAAUUGAGCAUGAUGCUUUAAGUGCUAGCACGAGUCCGUUAAGUUCACUGGAACUGAAUUGUUCAACAAGUGGCAGUGAUUCAGAAAAUCAAGUUAUUCUUUCAACGCCCUAUAAUGAUCGUAAUGGUCGUGGUGAUCAAUAUAUGGUCGGACGGCAAAAUGGCAGUACUACAAAAAAAACAGCUUCAGCAAUAACCACAGCUCCAGCUGGUGUACUGACUCCACGACAUUUGCGACAAGUUGACGAAAACGGAUUUCUUUUUCCUAACGGUUCUGUUAACAAUACGGCAUCUGAUUCAUUUAUAUGCACAUCACCAAAUAGUUCCACUGGCUACAACGAAUUUGAAGAUCGCAUUGUUAAAACGCGUGUAAGGCGUGUCACAAAAAAAUUAGAAGCUGAGCUAUUUCUGCAAAAACAUCGACGCUCGCUGAGCGAGAAUAUUAUACAUUUUCCUUUGCAUACAACUCCCAGUGAUAAAGCGCGCUGUCAUCAAAUGCAGCGCCAACGUUCGACAACCCAGUCACCUACUCCACCACCUGCUGGUGAUUACAGUGUCGGUCAAACAACGACUUCUUCUGAUCCUCCUGCUUCUAUGGUGCUAACGCUGCGCAAAGUAGCUGAAACAAUGUGCUUAAAGGACCCGCAAUACAAGCCCAUACGUACAGAUCAGAACGGCAUUAAGACGAAUCCAUUUACAGCGCUGGCACAGUUGCGUGGUGUGAAAAAAAUAUUGGGUGCUAAUCCAAAAACUUACGCUGCUGGUGUGGGUGAUCUAUUCAGUUCAUGUUUUGAGAUGACUGCACCAUUCUUUAAAGAAUUGGCUGCACUGCAAAAGAGUGGAGUGUUAACGGAUACCAGUACUAGUAAUAAUAAGAACUUAACAUCUAAUACAUCUAACGAACCAAAGAGUUUACCCACAUCACCCCAAUUAACGCGAAAGUUUAGUGCUUUUGAGUUAAAACUAUCCACAAAUGUAGCUUUACCAACAACAAAUUUGUCAGCUGAAGAUGAUGAUGAUUGUGAUGACUGCACUUCUGAUGCUGAACAAGAUGGUGAUAAUGGUGGCAACUGUGCUGAUGCCGAAUCGAGCGAUGACUCUGCAGAGCGCCCAACUCAUGUAACAACGCCUACAACCCGCAAAUAUCGAGCUAAUUCUCUUUUUACUCAUCCACUUUUUCGUGGUACGAACGGUGCUAAAAGUGAAGACAGUUCAACAAGUAUUGCCUCGCCGAGUUCCUUGCCAACCGCACUGAGUGUAGAUGCUAAAUUAAACGAACAUGCAAAAAAAUCCAAAGAAAAGAGUGUAACAACAUCCACACCAUGUCCACCGACACCGCCGCCACCACCUUCAGCACCUCUUGUAGCCACACCUGCCUCAGUAUCAUCUUGCACUGAUUACGAUUUGCACGAAGUUAAAAGUUCCGACAUUUUACCAACAAAAAGCACUCUAACAAGACGAGAUUCGAUUGAAAGCGGUUUCUACUCAUGCUUCAAUGAGGAGUCCGACAUAGCUUUCAACAGUACAUAUCGUCAAUUAAAUGGAGUAUGUUCCUCUCUCGGUUACGCCUGUAGCAAUAAUUGUUGUUUUGAACAGUUAAAGUCACAACUUAUGUUGGAUGAAAGCAACCAAAGUGAAAUUAAUGAUAAAUUAGCCAGUUUAUGCCGCUGCUGUUAUUAUGCUUCCUCCACCCCCUCAUGUCAAGGAACGCAAAAUUUGCACAACGAUUCUUCUUCUACAUCUUCGUCUGUAUUACUUAUUGACGAUGCUGUUGGCAACACAUCAGCUAUGACAUCUACUGGUAAUGCAGCAGCACUUCGCUCUUUUGAUGAUUUGGAACUACCGGACACUACAAGACCUCAUAGACGCUAUCACUGCCAUCAUCAGCUGUUUAGCUGCAAUGGCGAUGCAAACAGUACGAGUAAUGGUGGUACACCAGGUACUUUCGAUAUGGGAUUAAUUAAUCGAUUAGCUCUUGAUUCUGAGCUCCAUUCAAUUAUGCAACGGCAUCCGUUUGCCACAAAUCAAUUGCUUUAUUGCAAAAAUCGAACCUCGUCCAUAUACACUGAUAGUUCUGAUGAUAUCAGUAGCUUAGCUGGCUCCGAUUCCUUAUUAUGGGAUGAUCGUUCGUUUACGUCAAUACCAAGUACACGGUCAGCGCAAAUAGCGAAAAUCGUCGAAUAUUUUGAACGUAAACGACAGGGAACUGAAAGUUUACCCAGUUAUCAGCGUGGCGGAAGUUGCAACACAAAUGCUGCAUCUGCGAGUGGUUCAACUUCGUCCUCAUCUUCAAUGGCAGCUGCAGUAGCCGCAUCAGCUUUGGGCAGUAAUUAUUUAUCAUAUGAACGCAGAUAUUCUGAUUUUAAAAGACAUGCAGCCAUCAAUUCUGACUAUGAAGCAUUUUGCUUUGAGUUGGACAAAAAACCAACCCAACAACGCCUGACGGUAUGUGAGGGUGCAGUUAAAUCUAAGUUGCAAAUAUUUGAUAAAUUAAAGCAACAACAACAACAGCAGCAACAGCAGAAACAACUGCAGCAGCAGCAACAGCAACAACAAAUCUUACAACAACACUCCCUACCGCUGGCGGCGAAUAGCAAAAACUCAGCUAACAUCUAACUCUAAUGCUAAAUAGUAAGCUCUAAAUUCAACGUCGAGAAUUAGAGAGAGAAACUGCAUAAAUAUAUUUAUAAAGUAACAACAAAAUUAAGAUACUUUAUUUAAACUAAAGCUGCUAA